AUGGCUUGAGUCUUGCCUCACAGUUUCUAACACUUUCUUCUAAGCCUGUGAGUAAAUUACAAAUUUACAUUUCACAAACUGCAUUUUCUGUGUGAUUGGUGUACAGUACUCAUCAUACGAACGGUCCUAACCUAUAACAUUAAGGUGAGAUUUCUGCAGGUGUAUGUUUCCUGAAAUAGAGCAAGAAAUAAAUAUUUAUAAAAUAAAGGAAAAAUGGAUCGUAAAGGAGGAACAUAUGGCAGUGCUUAUAAACAUGCUUUGAAAUUGCUGAUAAUAAAUUUUGUUUCUUUUGGAGUUAGCAUACUUUCAGGAGGAAGCAGUGAUACUGUGUUAGUAUUUUCAUUAAGCACAAAUCUUAAAAUUAUAGCUACACAAUGGAUAAGCAUUCAGCUUCACAUUCAAUUUUUAAUGCCUUGAAUUAUAGUAGUAGCAUGGUAUUAGUGGCUUACUGUCGUUCUGUAAAUCUCAAAUUAUCAAUAUUAAAUAUUUAGGAACAGACCUUCAUGGAUAAUUUUAAAAGCCACCCAUAUUCACUGUCUGCUUUCCCAAUAAUUAUUAAUCAGAUAGAGGAGUUGGAGAAAAGCAAAAAAAUUACCUUUUUGGCGUGCCUGCCUCUAGAAAUGAAAACCUAAAAAUGUUUGCUAGUGGAGGAGAACAGAAACGAUUGAGCAUUUAGGAGAAAUUCCCUCAUGAACUCUUUAAAAAUACAUAGUGUAAUAAAAAGUAUUUUAUUCUCACAUUUUGUCAUGACUGGUUUCUGGGGUGGAUAUGGGAAGGAGUUUUGUUGGGUAGAUGGUAAGUUAUGGGAGUAACGGGUGAAAGCUUUCCCUUUGAUUUACAGAUGCUUGAGGUCUUUACUAGAUUUAUUUUCCUUUUCUUAAGCUAUUAUUUGAAAAUUUACUGAAGGUGUGUAUGUGUAUGAAAAAUCACACAUUUUCACUAUGUCAGAAAGGGGAUUUUACUUGUAGAACAUCUUGGAUCGAACACCAUUCCUUUAGGCUAUCUGAAGUUCCAGAUCCUCAAAGGUAUUAAUGGCAGCUCCUGAAGGUGGAAUUCAAGGCUGAUGUUUAAAACAUAAACAUCCUUUUGGUAUCCAGGCCUGACUACAGGCUACAUCCAAAGACUACUGAAGUUUGUCACUGUAGCUACCAUUAUAGCCCUGCCAGGUAGUACUUUGGGAUACAGUAACAAAUAUAGCCUUAUUUCAUCCUUUAAAAAGUUGUAAUGAUUACUUCAGGGUUAAUCUCAGUAUAAAUUCUGAAAACCACACUGAGUUAAGUAAGUUACGAGCAUUUUUAACUUGCUUUCAUCAUUGCCUCUUCUGUGACUGUAAAAUCACCAAAUCAUUAUGAUAAGAAAUUCAUGAGUUGUUUGUGAACUGGGAAAACUGCCUUUCUUUAAACAGAAGGACUUCUUAAGGACAGAAGUCCUUAAUAGGUAUUAAAAUUGCAGACUAAAAUUAAUUAAGUAAUAAUGCUAUCAGCAGACUAUUUUACAAGGCAAUUAGAGAAUUCUCUGGUGGCUUAUUUAUCCCAGGGAAAGAAAUGUGAUGUCAUCAAUUUUAUUAUCUAUUUAUCAGUCUGGUUUAUUGGGGAAUAAUAAAAUGUAUUAUGGGUAUUAGAACCAUCUGAGAGAAUGCAUUCCUAAUAUAAUUCAUAAUAAAAUCUCUGUUGAUAUGCUUGGAUCCUGAACACUUAUUCAUAAUCUCUGCUGUGUAAAUAACGGAGUAUUGCAGUUUUGCUAACAGAACUUUUAAUGUUUGAAAAGAGAAGCAGUUAGCCAAGAAGCUCUAAAAAUUGAUGGAAAAUAUGUUAAUAUCUCAGGAGAAAAAAAUCAAACACCUCCUGCACUGAGUGAAGAUCACUUUUUAAAAGAUGUGUGUUCUUUUCUAUUGAUAGAACUUACCUCUUUGGUCUACUACUUAAAAACUUCAUCUUGAGAGGUUUGGCAUUGCAAGGGCAUGUAACAUAAGAAGAGAUAGAAGUGUUUUCAUGCAUUUUGGGGACCUGCAUGAAAAAGUUCCAGAAGGCAGAAUCUGAUCUGGAUUAUAUUCAACACAGACUGGAGUUUGAAAUAAUGAAAAGUCUUCCUGAUAAUCCAGCAGCAGAGGAAAAUCCAGUCGCUGUCUUGGAAGAACUCUCAGUGGUGAAAUCUCGGUAUAAAACGUUAUGUAUGCAGCUGGAAAAAGUUUCUAUAGAGCAGAGAGAAUCCAUGAAGGGCAUCCGUGCUGCUCUAGAGAACACAAUGAAGAUGAUUCAGGCAGUACAGCAACAUACUGAUCUUGAGCGCUUACCUCUGUCAGGAGAAGAACAGACUGCAGCACAGCAGUUAACCUGCCAAACUGUUAAAGAAAUGGAAUCGCUCGUGGAAGAGCCAUCUAGCCAUUCAGGAUCUGCAGCCUCUGGCUCAUCUGAAGAAUUGCAAUUCAAACCAUUGACUGAGGAAACACUUAUGACUGUACCAAGGACUAUCAGAAGUACUGUUAAACUAGCAGACCUGAACAAUUUGUACAAGGAGUUAUUUAACCACUUCAUUGUAAAUAAGAACAGAGCAGCAUUGAGUGUUUCGCAGAUGAACAAGAUGAAUAUGAAAGCCACUGACUCAAGAAUACGAAUCUUGAAAGAACUUGCUAUUGUGGAACUUGACAAACAAGGAAAUGUUAAAUUAGUUGUGUAAAUGUAAGCUCAGGCCAUUCACAUUUGGCACACAAACAUCUUGGUCAUAGCUCCUGGAUUAUUAACAAGCAAGUAUUUCUCUGGUGUCUAGGAGUUGUAAGUCCACUGUUGGAAAGCUGUUAAUGUUUCUGUAUACGAAUUCCAUUUACAGUACUUAAAAUUGGAGAGUUAAAAAACAUUGAGGUUGAUAUUUUAUCUUGGAUAUUUAUGGGGCUAGAUUCAAUGAUUUUUUUAAAGAGUAUUGUUAGCCACGUGACACCUCCAUGUUCUUGGUUACA